CACGUGACACGCAGUAAUGGCUACUCCCUUGUAACAUGUGCUGUUGUCGUCAAAUGCGAUAACGUUUUAAUAUCCCAGGGGAAAAAACAACGCAGUCAGGAGGCGACAGUUGUUAAUUCGUGGUGGUUUAAUCUUCUAUGUUUUACGAAAAAGCAGACUGAGCCACUUUUGUGUGAGUAGACACGUUGCUGCUUGUCUUGCUACGUUGCUUGAUUUCGAGCCUCGUUGUCUGUCUUGUUUCUGGUGCCUAUCAUUUUAAGAAAAUGAACACAUCGAAGACGAAAAAGAAGCGAAUGAGCUUCGCUCCUUGGAAACGAAACAAGCGGAGCAUUCAAGUAAAGGGCCAAUGGAAGGCAGUCGACUUGGAUCCCGAACUCUUCUCCGAGGAGGGUCUGGUUUGUUUUGAGAAACUGACGAAUUACUGCCUAGUGGACUCCGACAAGCCUGCAGCUAAUGCAGAGAACGAAGUUAAAGGAAGAAAGAAAAAAGGAAAGAAAAGAAAGUUAAGAGAAGAUGAGGUGGUCGAAAAGGGAGACGUGGAUAGCAAACAGUCAGAAAAGAUUUCCGAACCUCCCAAGAAAAAGAAAAAGAAAAAAAGAGACAUUUCAGAUAAUGACUCGGCCCAAGAUGAGACUGCGGAGGUGAUGCAGAAAGAAGCAGAUGAGAAAGAGGAAAUGAAAACCGAUCAAGAGGACACAUCCAAAGCUGCACCACCCACUGCUAGCUUAGAUCAACCAAAACUUAAGAAAAAGACUAAAAUUAAAAAGAAAAAGAAGCAGCAAAAAGAAAAGAACAAAGAGGAUCAAACCAACGCAACUCAAGAUAAAGAGAUAAGGCCAAAAAAACAAUUGAAAAACUGGACUAAUGCUACCCUUUCUGGUUCUGAAGUAAAAAAUGCAGACAUGUGUGCAUGGAAAGACCUGUUUGUCCCACCUGGUGUGCUGAAGGCCCUCAGCAGCCUUGGCUUCACAUCACCAACACCAAUUCAAGCCUUAGUGCUUCCUCCAGCCAUCAGAGAUCGUAUGGAUAUAUUGGGAGCGGCUGAGACGGGAAGUGGUAAAACAUUAGCUUUUGGUAUUCCCAUGAUCCAUAACAUCCUGGAGUGGAAGGAAACUGCUGAAAAGCCCGGGGCUGACAAUGUUGAUCCAGACAUGUUGCAUGGAAGCUUGACAGAGUCCCUAGAAGCUGAUAUGGGCAGUCCUGAGGAGCAGGACGAGGAAGAAGGAAGUAUCACUGGGCAUGCUGACAAAGGUGAAUCUGGGGAUGAGGAUGACCACGACACUGAACAUCAAGAUCAGGAUGGGAGGCUUGGGUGCGUGCAGGUCAUCGAUGAUGUCAAGUUUGAUGCCGACAUCACUGCGGGAGAGGAGAACCGCGCUGUCGGUGGUGCUCGGCCUCUGCUCGGACUGGUCCUCACCCCCACCAGGGAGUUGGCAGUCCAGGUCAAACACCACAUAGAUGCUGUAGCGAAGUUCACUGACAUCACGACAGCCGUAGUGGUGGGUGGGAUGGCGCAACAGAAGCAGAGAAGGAUAUUGAAUCAGAGGCCAGAAAUCCUCAUCGCCACUCCAGGACGUCUGUGGGACUUGAUCAAGGAGAGACAUCCACAUCUUCUCAACCUUAGACAGCUCAAGACCCUGGUGAUCGACGAAGCUGACCGCAUGGUCGAACGAGGCCACUUUGCGGAGCUGGAGUCUGUGCUGGAGAUGCUCAACACCACUCAGUUCAAUCCCAAGAGGCAAAAAUUUGUCUUCUCUGCCACGCUGACCAUGGCUCACAGCUUGCCCAUGCGAUUGCUGCAGAAGAAGAAGAAGGUGCAGCAGACCGACAAGGUGGCGCUCCUCAUGGAGAAAGUGGGGAUCAAGUCCAAGCCCAAAGUGAUCGACCUGACCAGGAAGCAGGCGACGGUGGCGACCUUGACCGAGACGCAGAUUCACUGUCAGAAAGAGGACAAGGACUUCUUCCUCUACUACUUCCUAUUGCAGUAUCCCGGACGCACCAUGGUGUUCGCCAACAGCAUCGAGUGCAUCAAGCGGCUCAGCUUGCUGCUGGUCAUCCUGGACUGUACGCCGCUGCCGCUGCACGCCAACAUGCACCAGAAGCAGCGUCUGAAAAACCUGGAGAGGUUUGCUGAGAGGGAGAGUUGUGUGUUGCUGACAACUGAUGUGGCAGCAAGAGGGCUGGAUAUCCCCAAUGUGCAGCAUGUCAUUCACUACCAGGUUCCCCGCACAUCUGAGACAUACAUCCAUCGCAGCGGCAGGACGGCUAGAGCUACAAAUGAGGGUCUCAGUUUGCUGCUCAUCAGCCCCGACGACAUGUUGAACUUCAAAAAGAUUUACAGGAACCUGGGAAAAGAUGAGGAGCUUCCUGUGUUUCCCGUAGAGAGCCACUACAUGGAGGCAAUCAAGGAGCGUGUAAACUUGGCCAGGAAGAUUGAAAAGGUUGAGUUCUUCAACAGCAGACAAAAACAUCACAACUCCUGGUUCAGGCAAGCAGCAGAGGCUAUGGACAUCGAGCUAGACCAAAACCUCUUGAUAGGCAAAGGGAGGGAUGAGGAUGAUGAUCGGGAGCAACAGAAGAUGGUGAAAGGGAUGAAGACACAAUUGAAGCAUCUCAUGUCCCAGCCCGUGUACAAGAGUAUGACAAAGACCAAGUACCCCACUCAGAUGGGACGUCUGUGCCUGGCUCACCUGCCUGUCGUGGGGAAGCAAAGCGCUGUCAUGAGUGUGUCGGCUCAGCAGAAGAAAAAGGAAACUGGUCCACCACAGCACAAAAAGGGAAGCAGAAAAAAAUACAGGCGGUAAACUAGUUUACAGGAAUUAGAAUUUAAAAUCUGUAAUUUUCAGAUGUCAAAAUUCGACAAAUCUUUGAGAGCAAUCACAUACACUGCAGUUUUGUCUCAAUAACUAUUUUAAUGACACAUAUUCUGUAAUUACAUGAGAUGGAAGGCAGAAGAAAUUAAUUGACAAAUACCAGUAAAACAUCAGGAUUUGUCAUAGAAAUAUGUAGUAUGGCCCCAUGGUGAUAUUAAGAAGUAUAAUGAUGUCAUCCCAAGGUUGAUUGGGCAAUUUAAUAUCGCUUCAUGAUUUUCUGGCAAUGCCGGUACAUCAUUGCUUAUUUUUCAUGAUCAUUUUUGUGAAAAUGUCCCAAUUUUGCAGACCCAAUUAGUGUUAAGGGUGUGAAAAAUAAUGCAAAGCCCCACAUGUUGUCCUUUGAUCAAGUUAAGUCACUGAUAUUGACAGCGCUAUUCAAAACAUUUGACUGUGUACAAUGUACAGAAUUGACCAUGUCCUAAAACUCUAUCAGAAUUUUACUCAAUCCCAGGCCACGUCUGUUACUGGGGGAAGCAGUCAGGGUGGGGGUUGGGGGCCCAGAAUGCUAAAGUGUGAUAUGUGGUGGAGGAGGUGCAUGGAGGGCUCGGCCCCAUCAGGGAUAAUGUGGUGCACCAACUGCUCAUCUUCGCCGUCCAUUGAGACGAUGUGGAUGCAGAUGUCCAGUGCCUGAGUUAGAGCCAGGAUGUCCACAUGGUCACACUCCAUCCCCAUAGCUUCCACUUCCUGCACAUGAGUAAAACAAGUUUACUUUAAGAGCAGGUAGGGGUGAACAAAGUAUGGCUCGGGGGUCACAUAACGGGAAGCUCGGUUCAUUAUUAAGAAUGCUGUAGCAUUUAAUUUAGCUGUUUUUCUCCCCAGUUUCCUAAAUUUGACACACAAAGAAUCUUAACAAUCCUGCCAAAUGUGAUAAAAUAAAAUAAAAUGGCUAUGUAAAAUUAGGCUUCAGAAUUGUGAAAAAUCAAGCCACUGUCUCCGCGUUCAAAGGCUGCGGGUGUGUCAACUCAAUGCGUGAAACAACCCCCCGGUGAAAAAUUUAUGCUGCUUCAUGUAGCAUUUUCCUUAUACUUAGACAUACAGUGUUCAAAAUAAUAUUGUUUAAAAAGGUGAAUAAACGUCAUUCUUCAAAUAAAUUGUCUUUUAAUGAACACAAAUGCAUUGGGGACACUGCACAUUCUAUUUCAAAGCAAGAAAAUUGGAAAAAGUAAUUUGAUAUUUUACAGAAAGUAAAGAAAUAUAAUGUUAAAAAAAAAAGUGUCAUCUGUCUUUACAAACUCAAAAACAUCCUGUAUAAACUAAGAAAUGCUUGAAGAUUCAACUUUCCUGAGAAUCAUCAACUAAUAUUUAGUUGCAUAACCAUGAUUUCUGAUAACUGCUUCAUAUCUGUGGUGCAUGGAGUCGACCAACUUCUGGCACUGGUCAACUGGUAUUGCAGCCCAGGACAAUUGUACUACCUACGGUCCACAAUUCCUCUGCAUUUCUUUGUUUUGUCAUGAACAGCAUUUUUUAUGUCAGCCCACAAGUUUUCUACGGGAUUAAAGUCCGGGGAUUGUGCUGGCCACUCUGUGACUUGA